AUGCCUUCAGCAAUGUCCAGUCGGCCAGUCUCCAUAGCAGAGGCGAAAAAAAUGGUUGAAGAUAUUUCCGAAGAUCAUGGAUACCUUGCCGAGGAUGAGCUCCAGGCUCUGGAUGAGAAGACUCGGAAACGAAUCAUUGAAGUCAUGCUCAAGAAAGACCGGAUGUCGGGGAAAUCAGUCAUCACCCUGGCGAAGAACUUAUAUAGCAGCACCACACGAUUCGUCUUCGAAUUAUUACAAAAUACUGAUGACAAUAGCUACUCAAUGGCUACAGGUAAUGGGAUAGAGCCGUACGCAUCCUUCCAAAUCUUCCCUGACAAGAUCGUUUUGGAGUGCAAUGAGGAUGGAUUCACUAGAGAAGAUCUGAUCGCCAUAUGCGAGGUAGGUCAGAGCUCGAAGGUAGGGGCACAAGGAUACAUUGGAGAAAAGGGCAUUGGUUUCAAAUCUGUGUUCAUGGCAGCCCACAAGGUUCACAUUCAAUCUGGGAAUUUUUCGUUCUCAUUUGUCCAUCGUCGCGGCGACUCCGGGAUGGGUAUGAUAUCUCCUAUCUGGGAAGAUCCCGACACAAAUCUAUCCAGCCGUGUCACCCGCAUCACCCUCUUCCUACACGACACAGGCUCAGCCUUGGAGAUCCAGGAACGACAUCAGCAAAUUGUGCAACAGUUUCAGGAUAUACAGGAUACCCAUCUUUUAUUCCUCAGGAAGAUCCGGCGCAUAAAAAUCAUUUUCUCUCACCAUGGAAACCCUACCACAACCACAUUCGAAGUGGCAAACUUGUCUCAUGGACAUCGUAUAACACUGCGAAAAUCUGUUGCAGAUAACCCGGCAGAAGAGACAUAUUAUCAUGUCACCAAGAAUACAGCGGAUGGGAUCCCCGAAAGCGAGAACAGGGUACAAUCGGAACUCACCACGACCCCUGCAACUAGCUCUGCGGAGAUCAUUCUUGCCUUCCCCUUGGAUCGUAACUCCAUUCCCAUCAUACAAACACAAAAUGUGUUCGCUUUCCUUCCUAUUCGCAAUAUGGGCUUCAAGUUUUUGAUUCAUUCAGACUUCGUGACACAAGCAAAUCGUCAAGAUAUCGUAACUACAUCUGCGAGAAACCUCGGCCUCGUCAGUUAUAUCGCUGAUACCUUUGCUAACGCCAUGGAAGAGCUCUGCCACGAUACGAGUCUCGAGUUUGAAUGGAUCAAGUACCUGCCUCAAGAAAACGAUUUCCCCUGGGACAAGUAUUGGAAGUCGGUCGUUGCUGAUAUGAAGAAAAAGGUUUCAGUCAAAAGAUUAAUGCGCCCGCAGAGCGGAGGUCCUCUGAAAAGGAUAGACCAGCUGUGCAACCUCACAGAUGAUGCUCUUGACGAACUCGGUGAGCCGCUUCUGGAAGACAUUGAUCCGGAGGUUUAUCUCUCCAGUGGCUACGAUCUCUCCACCAUUUCUUCAUAUCUGAGAGGUUGGGGCCUCCGAAACUUUCAUAUGACCCAGUUUUUGGAUCGGGUCGAGGCUGAUUUGGCACGGGAUACGUCGCGAUUCAAAUCACCGCAGUCAUCACCAUCAUGGCAUACCAGAACAGCACAGGUUCUGAACCGCCCAUUCAAGAGUUUUGCAGAGAAACAUCGGAAAAGAAUCUUCGAUUUCAGGCUGAUUCCGGUUCAGGGUGGAAAAUGGAUUCCCGCAGGGCAGACCGGAUCGCCACUCGUCUUUCCAACUGCCAACGGUGAAAACAUUCCGAGUUCCCUAGAUCUUAAUAUUAUCGAUGGGAACGCCACUCUUAAUGCGGAGAGAAGAAAACUCUUUUUGAAUCUGGGAGCAAAGAAACUUUCUGUUCAAGCGGUGCGACAAUUGAUUCUUGACCAGUACCCAAGCGUCAUCAACAGGUCAAGGUUAUUUGGAACCAACACAACUGAACAAGUUGGAAUAUCUCUGCCCCAUCUUUCUUUCUUAUAUCUCACACAGGGUGGAGCUGUUGACAAGCCGAGCGAGUUGCGUUUCAUCAGAGUCCUUACACAGGAGGGCCUGCUGAUUGCACCUCAAGCCCAGGAUGUGUACAUCAAGGACAACCACAAAUUCGGCUUAGCAAAACUGCUUGAAAACUUACCCAAGUUUUCGGUAGCUUUUCUGGAUCCGUAUUAUCUGGAGAAUGCCCCACAACCAGCAUCGGGUCGUGAAGCUAGUGUACCUUGGACGUUCUGGUUGCGAACAUCACUUGGCGUUCUUGACAAACCAAAACUAAUCGCGAACGGUUCCCUUACUGACAUGUUCCGACAUAUCAUUGAGCAUAAUAGCGGCAAGCUCCUGGGAAUACUUGGACACUAUUGGAAUGACAUCAAGAAUGAAGUGCAGCAAUGUCAGGAAAUCAGGGAUGAACUCAGCCGAGUUGUGUUAACUAUGAAAGGUUGUACUGCCCAACUAAAAAACAGUUUUCUUCCAAUGCCGGAACUCAAAGCGCGGGCGAUAGAGUAUUUGGGUGAGGCAGGCACGGAUGAAUUUCCCUUUCUCGAUUUGAGUGAUACUCUGGAACCAGAUGAUCUGUCGAAAUGGACCUUUCUCAAUGGAACCUUUGGUGUGCGCACACGGGAUGAUGUCGAGUUUUACUUGGCGAUUCUGUCAGUCCUUGCCACACGGUAUCCGAAACCCGACAUGGAGAUAUCGAAGAAAGUCUACAUGCUAUAUGAAACCAUCUACCGGAAAAGCCGGGACUCGCCUGACUCAGACAUCAGGAAAGCUCAGAAGCAAGUAAUUCGAGCAUACUUUGAUGUUGAUCCUGCCGACGGAAACUCAUACAAAGGCUUGUUGCUAGUUCCUGGCCGUACAUUCCAAGGAGGCAGAUGGUUGCAGCCAAACGAAUGUCGUUGGGAUGCUCCGUUGACAGCAUGGACACUGGAACCGCUAGCCCACUUGUUCGGUGAGGUUCUAACCGAGACUGAGAUUGACAGCGCAGCUUUGAAGAAGUUCCUUCAAAAUAUUCUAGGUAUCAAGGACUUUACCUUGACCGAUAUACUCGAUGAACUGCUAUACCACGCUGAAAUGAGUCAAGAGCACAAAGACAUUCUCUACGAAGACGACGGUUGUUAUACCACCAGAGCAGCAACAGAUGUUUACAAUCAUUUGGAGAAACUGAUAUCUUCUUCUGAUACAUCCUGCAAACAAGAUCUUUUGGGCAUCUUUGGAAAUGAGGCCUUUAUAUUUGCUGCAGACUCAUGGCACAAGAUUGAAGACUGUCUAUGGUCAAGUGCGACAGAUAUAGAAGGCAAAGUUAUCUUGAAUGAUAUAUAUCCAGAUUUGGCGGGUCUAUUUGUGAAGGAGCUUGGGGUGACAACCCUUACCUUGCAAAUGGCUUAUGACAAACUCAAAAAAUUGGGAGCCUCAGAUAAGCCACCAAUUUCCGAAGUCAAGUCAACAUGGGCUGCUUUCCAUUCCCUCCUGUCGCAAACCGACAAGAAGCCGGACCCUACACCACUGCUAAAGAGGCGCCUUUUCCCUGUCAAACACGCCAGUGGACACGUUGAGCUUUGCUGCGGCACAUCCCCCUUUGCGAUAAUUGAUCGACGGCCGCACGGUCUCUUAUUCGCAGGGAAAGCAUCUUUGCUUGAUCACAGUUUCGAAGAGGUCUACCAGCUUCGGUCAACACUCAAGUGGGCAGGCCUCGAUACACGAUACACGUCAGUAGCCGCCAAGGAAGUAUCGGCCAUCAUAGGUGGUAGUGAAACAACACUGUCGGAUCCGCAUCGCGACAUAGGGCCCAGAGCUCAUGUCGUUGAGACGGAUGGAAUCGCCACGGAACUUCAUCUCCAGCAAGGCACAUCUACCGUGAUCGUCAAGACCUCCCAAAGUCACCUUCAUAUCGAUGCAAGCGAAGAUGUCCUUCGGGUUUAUAUUCCGCGAGAUCGCAAACAGCAACAACUGUGCUACUCACAAACACUUCCGCAGCGUCUUUAUGACUGGUUCAUGGAACAGGACGGCCGUUCCCUGCCAACAAUGGAGAGCACAACAUGCGUCAGCAUAAUCAUGCAGACUCUCAAUGUUUCCUGUGACAAUACAGAAGCUAUCUUGGAGGGUUCCGGCAUAGCGGAGCUCUCCUUUCCCGACGACUAUGAGCCUGUGCAGAAAGCUGCAGCACAAGCCACGGAACCAUCAUCACAACCUUCCCACAGACCUCCCACUCCCAGUGGUGGUAGAAAUGCGCCAUUGGUCUUCGAUAAUCUUGAGGGGUCGGGUUCAGGUAGCGAUGUGUCUGUUCAAUCCUCACCAAAAUCAACUCCAUCCUCGCUUGCAGUACCUUGCUUACAACCCAGCGGAACCCAGCAUGUAGCAGAUGUGUCCGGGCAAAUAUCACCUAGUCCAUCCAAUGGCACCUUCAUGUCCUUGCUACCCAGAUUCUCUGGAGUAUUUAGGUCGUCUGGAGUCGGGACAUCAUCAUCAACUUUGGUACAUACUGGUCAGCUUGUCAGUGUACAAGGGCCCAGUUCGAGUGAAGAACGUGAAAUGAGUAACUACAUUGCACUGCUAUCAAAAGUGAUUGAGAUAGCAGGACGUUCAUACUUCCCAAAUGCGAGAAGCUCAUCCACGAUAUCUCCCCCUCCUGAUGCAAAUGGGGUUUACCCAAGGCGAGAUGCAAAUACUAAGAUCGAAUUCUUGAGCAGCAGCAAACUCGAAAGAGACAGAAUGAUUGGUGCUGCUGGCGAGCUUUAUGUCUUUGAGCUCCUCUCCAAGAUGAAAUCAGUGCUUCCAGGCUUCGGAAGGUUGAACUGGUUGAGUACCAUCAGGAAGUAUGUGAGACAGCAUCCAUCCUACUCGGAUUUGAUACCCUGGAAUGGGAGGGAAACGGCGGAUAUCGUGUAUUGGGAUGUGUCUGGUACUCUGACAAGUGAACUCAUAACAUUGGGAUAUCUCGACAAAAAGAUCUGGACAAGUCGUCGCCCGUCGUAUUAUAUCGAGGUGAAGACCACUACUGGCCCGCAUGAGACGCCUUUCUACAUGAGUAAAAGCCAAUUCAGCAGGAUGCAGUCAAAAUCCAACAUGGACGCAGAAAUAUACGUCAUCUUCAGGGUGUCGAAUCUCGGAAGCGAGCAAAUGGGCUUGGUGAUAUACGUGGACCCUGAAUACAUGAGACAGACAGCCAAGCUGAAUUUUACUGUUGAGACCUAUUCUGUCUCACCCGGUUUCGGCGGAAGCUCCGGCGCAUCACAGGGUUGGUCGCAGGCAUCCAACAGUGGAACUGUGCCGUCAUUCAAAUUCAACUCCGCGCCUGGGACUUUGAACACACUGUUCUCUCCAACGAUUCAAAAAGAAUCUGGCUCCCUUGGUGUGGUGUCCUACCAACAUAUCGGGUUCCAAAUACCAUACCAGAAAUUCUCUGUUGAGGAACUGCGGCUUCAGAGUUAUCAAGAAGCUAGCACUACCCGUGGAAACAUUGUCUCUGCACGCGCGACUACACCAUCUGGGCGGCACUAG